UAUCAGCGCGCGCUACGUGCUGCUACAUGGCUCCACCAGCCGCGCGUGCAGCCGCGACACUGGCGUGAAGAAGAAGAAGCGAAGAAGAAGCAGCAGAAGAAGUAGGAGGAGGAGAAGAAGAAGAAGAAGAGCGCCUCGUACCGGCGUUGGACCACCGAGCGUCCCGAUGAAGAGCCGUCCGUUACACACGCGCUGCUAAGCGGAAGGAAAUUCUAUCCGCGAUGUCCAAGAGUCUGAAGAAGAAGAACCACUGGACGAACAAAGUCCAUGAAGCGGUGCUCACCCGCAACAAGGAGGGCGAGCUGGGCUUCGAGCUGCGCGGCGGCGCUGAGAACGGCAAUUUCCCUUACUUCGGAGAGGUGAAGCACGGAAAGGUGGCCAUCCAGAGCGGCAAGCUGUGCGCCGACGAGCUGCUGCUGGAGGUCAACGACACGCCGGUGGCUGGCCUCACCACCCGGGACGUGCUGGCCGUCAUCAAGCACUGCAAAGACCCGUUUCGCCUCAAGUGUGUGAAGCAAGGAGGUGUCGUAGAUAAAGACCUUCGCCAUUACCUUAACCUCCGAUUCCAGAAGGGAUCAGUGGACCACGAGCUCCAGCAGAUCAUACGGGAUAACCUCUACCUCCGCACUGUGCCCUGCACCACGCGACAGCCGAAAGAAGGCGAGGUCCCAGGCGUGGACUACAACUUUGUGAGUGUCGACCGGUUUAUGGAAUUAGAGAAAAGUGGUGCUUUACUAGAGAGUGGAACAUAUGAAGAUAACUUCUAUGGCACGCCCAAGCCCCCGGCGGAGCCCACGCACAUGCUGUUUAAUGUGACUGACCAGCUGCUGCCAGGUGCUCGCCCCAGCGCUGAGGGGAAGAGGAAGAGGAACAAGUCAGUGAGCAACAUGGAGAAGGAAAGCAUCGAGCCUCCCGAGGAAGAGGAGGAGGAGAGUCCUGUCGUUAACGGCAACGGCAUCGCUAUCACGCCAGAAUCCAGUGAGCACGAAGACAAGAGCACUGAUGCAUCAGGCGACGUGCCUCCGCAGUCAUGCCCCGCUGAGACGCCCACCCUGACAGGCACAGAUGCCCCCGAAGAGGAGCACGAUGCCCCCAAAUCCCCGGCCGAUUCACAGAGCAACGACGAGCUCGGGCCGCUACCCGACAACUGGGAGAUGGCCUAUACCGAGAAAGGAGAAGUCUACUUCAUCGAUCACAACACCAAAACAACAUCAUGGCUUGAUCCUCGAUUAGCCAAGAAGGCCAAACCACCAGAGGAGUGUGAGGAUGACGAGCUGCCGUACGGCUGGGAGAAAAUAGACGACCCUAUAUAUGGCAGUUACUAUGUGGACCACAUUAACAGGAGGACGCAGUUCGAAAACCCCGUCCUGGAGGCCAAAAGAAGAAUCCAGCAGCAGCAGCAAAUGCAGAGCCAAGGCCUGUCGUCCCUGCCGCUGCCCACCAUUUACAGAGAGAAGCCUCCGUUCACGCGAGACGCCACCCAGCUGAAAGGCACAUUUCUGUCCACCGCACUGCAGAAGAGCAGCAUGGGCUUCGGCUUCACCAUCAUCGGCGGAGACGAACCGGACGAGUUCCUGCAAGUGAAGAGCGUCAUUCCAGACGGUCCAGCAGCGCAGGAUGGCAAGAUGGCCACCGGCGAUGUCAUCGUCUACAUCAACGACAUCUGCGUCUUGGGCACCACUCAUGCAGACGUAGUCAAGCUCUUUCAGUCAGUGCCCAUCGGCCAAAGUGUGACUCUUGUGCUGUGCCGAGGCUACCCGCUGCCCUACGAUCCCGAGGAGCCGUCAGCCAGCUCAACAGUGCCCCCUCUGGGCCUAGUGGAUCCCUCGCUCCUGCUCAAUGGACGCAGCACCUACGAUAACUACAUGGAGUACAUGUCUCUGACGGGACGCCUGCUACCUGAGCACGGAGACGCUUUGUCCCAGGCGUCCCAUCCUGGAGACACACACCUGGAUGGAUCACAGCCGCCGUCCCUCAACACACCAGGGCCUCUGCACGAUGAUGCCGUCUCCAUGGCUUCAUCAUCCGGGGCAACAGCCGGCGCUCAAGCAGCACCAGAGAUUCUGAGCCUCACCAUGACCAAAGGAGCUGAAGGUUUCGGGUUCACCAUCGCAGACAGUCCGACAGGCCAGAGGGUCAAACAGGUGCUGGAGCCACAGGGGUGUCCGGGCCUGUGUGAAGGGGAUCUGAUAGUGGAGAUUAACCAGCAGGGGCUGCAGGGCCUCAAUCACUCACAGGUGGUGCAGAUCCUCAAGGACUGUGCCGUGGGGACCGACGCCACCCUCGUCAUCCAGAGAGGAGGAGGAGCAGGACACUUCUCUUCCUGGGAUGGUGCCAAACAGUGGGACCCCCAGGGAAGCCCCCAGACCGGCCUCUCAGCCCCUGGCCUCCCUCACACUGCUGCUCAUGUGGGUCAGACGCUCCACUGCACAUCGGCCCCUGACCCGGACGGAGCUCACCUCAGCAAACCUGACCCCUACGACCUCUACGAGAAAUCUCGAGCUUUAUACGAGAGCAGACAGCCUGGCCCACCACGAACACUGACUGACUCAACAGGUGUGGAGUACCAAGAGGUAGAAGUUCACCUGCUGAGAGAGAAGACGGGCUUCGGCUUCCGCAUCCUCGGAGGAGACGAGGCGGUGCAGGCUGUGAGUCCGGAGGCCCGUGACAAGAUCGUAAUUGGAGCGAUUAUCGAGAACAGCCCGGCGGAGCGGGAUGGGCGUCUGCGCCCGGGUGACGAGCUGGUGUCUGUAGACAGGAUGCCAGUGGCGGGUCGACCACACAGUUAUGUCAUUGACCUCAUGCAUGCAGCGGCACGCAACGGCCAAGUGACGCUUACUGUGAGACGCAGAGUCGUGCCUCAUCCCAGCCAACCCUGUGGAGAGAACGGAUCAGCAGCCAAUCAGAGCAGCUCUCCCCGAAGCCGUGCCGUGUGUCCAGUCAACCUGCCGCCCACCACUGAUGUAGUCAUCCACCGCAAAGAGACCGAAGGCUUCGGCUUCGUCAUCAUCAGCUCUCUGAACAGACCGGAGAACACCACCACAAUCUCCGUGCCACACAAAAUUGGACGCAUAAUCGAGGGCAGUCCGGCUGACCGCUGCGGGAAGCUGAAGGUUGGCGACCGCAUCAUGGCUGUCAACAAUCAGUCUAUUAUCAACAUGCCUCAUGCUGACAUUGUGAAGCUGAUCAAAGAUGCAGGACUCACUGUUACUCUGCACAUCAUCCCCGAGGAAGAUGUAAAUGGCCCCCACUCUGGCCCUACCUCAGAGAAACAGAGCCCCCUGGUGGUUCAGAAGCAGAGCCCUUCGACCUCUGCAAAUCAGCCGAGUCCCAGCAUGGCCAACCCAAGCCCCCCAGCCCCCCACCCGAGCCCCGCCACCACACAGUCCAGCCCCCAGCGAAUGGAGCCAAGUCCUGCAGGAGCACAGAGCACCACACCGGUCACUCAGGCCAACCAGCCCACUACUCAGCCCGGCGUCGAGCUAGUGCACUCAGGCCCGAUAGUGAGUCAGGCAGGACCAGCGGGGGAUCAGAGUGUCCCUCUACCAACCGUCCAGGCCGUCCCAGUUGUUUCAGGCGUCCCUGUUGUUCAGGCAAUCCCAGUCAUCCCAGGUGUCCCAGCUGUUCAGCUUACCACCAUAGGCGGGGUGCCAGUCGCAGUGCCGCCUCAGCUCUACCUCCAUGACAGCAGGUCGGAGGUAAAAGCCAGACAGGAUGUUAAACCGGAUAUCUGCCAGCCGCCGUACACCGACUACAGACAGCCUCCGGUGGACUACAGACAUCCCCCAGUAGCAGACUACAGACAGCCUCCGACUAUGGACUACAGACACCCGCCUCCUCUCAUCGACUACAGACAGCAUUCAAUCCCAGAUUACAGGCCACAGGACUACGAUUAUUUCACAGUCGAGCUGGAGAAGAGUGUCAAGGGCUUCGGCUUCAGCAUCAGAGGAGGGAGAGAGUACAAGAUGGAUUUGUUCGUGCUCCGUCUGGCUGAGGACGGCCCCGCUAUACGUAACGGCAGGAUGAGGGUGGGUGAUCAGAUCAUUGAGAUAAAUGGCGAGAGCACACGGGACAUGAGUCACGCCCGGGCCAUUGAGCUCAUCAAGGCAGGUGGCCGACGAGUGCGUCUGCUGCUCAAACGGGGCACAGGGCAGGUACCUGAAUAUGGAAUGGUACCUUCCAACCUUUCCAUGUGCAUGAAAAGCGACACUCUUGCCUCUCCUUAUUUCUUCAUAAUGGGACACUCUAAAGAUACGACGGUGCCACCUCCUGGAGUUCUGACCCUCCAGCCCCCGCUGCCUUGCCGGAAGUAG